CCAAUUCGUUCUCCGCGAGCCACCUUCGCUCGACAGGGGUCUCAACCGCCACUGUCUACCUCUAUCGGUUAUUAGCUACAACACGGGAUCUACAUAUUCAAGAUGACUGCUCGCCCAUUGACACAAUGCCUUCGCGCUCGCUGUAUUCGUCGCAGCCCUCAGAAUAUCCAGGGGUUUUCUACGCGAAGCAGUCUCCGUGCGGCCGACCACGGUGAUCACUACGACCCUCCGACUGGGUAUCUCUUCGGUGUUAAGCCCGGCCAGAAGUACGUGAAGGAGGGCUGGGAGAACAUUUGGUACUACGGAUUCGUCGGCAGUCUACUUGCUGCCGGAGUUGCAUAUGUCUUCAAGCCUGACACCUCGAUACAAACAUGGGCCCUGGAGGAGGCUCGACGGAGGCUGGAAGCUGAGGGUAUCCUGGAGGACUCGCAGAAAUGAAUUUUGUUGCUGCCCCAUUUAAUUGUACAUUGUACAUAGAGUGAUCAAAAAGGACAAUCCAGGUCGGGUGGUCGCACCUAUCUCGAUAAAGAUCCGUUUUCAGUACUUGGAUGGUGUGGGUUGUCUUGCAUCAUUCGCUUUCUUGCUUCUUCUCCGCGUGCAUCCUGACAUACUGUAUUAUGAACUAUUCACUCUCACGCUUUGUUUUAGAGAACCAUGAAAAGAGAAGAGAAUAUAAGUUUACCCAUAGACAUCCUCUGGCCAUUUAAAAUUUAUAUAUAAUCUAGAUGACAAGAAUUAUACAGCAGGACAGGUAUGUUCUACUAAUGAUAACGCAAAUGUCUGGCCAUCUUUAAUAAUACAACUA